CUAAAGAAAUAUGUUCCCUCCCUCCCCACUUUAGCCUAUGACUCUUCCGGUCGCUAUAGAGGUCAGCUAUUCUUUGGCAACGACAAAUGGUUGGGACAAAAACAAAACUGUUACGAACUCAAUCGUCAACUAGAUCCAGAGAAGCGUAAACAUUUUGAAUUUGAGUUCUAUACAGCUGUAGUAACUUUUAAUUUAGCUUUGCCUGAGCCGUUGCAAUUCAAUUUACAAAUAGGCGAAUGUUUACCGAAAUCCUGUACUGCUCUCGAUGUACAACAUAUUCUCGAAAUGGAUCCUCAUGCUCAAAUGUUGAUCGCUUUAAAUAGUUCUCAAUUAGCUCAAGUGAAAAUUCUAAGAGUACGCACUGUACCGGGUAUUUACAGUUAUUGGCGGGAAUUACGUUUUCAAAUAUUUGCCAGUUUCUUAUUAACAUUAAUACUACUAGUAAUAGCGGCCACUUGGUUCCAAUCUAAACUCACACAGUGCCAAAUAAAUCAAGCCCCCAUAGCGGUAAUCAGCGGCUCUAAAGUAGAGCCGCCUGUUAUCCAUCAUAUAACCAGUGAUAAUGGCAAAACAUUUGAAUUAUAUCAAAUGUCAAAUCUAAAUGAGAACAAUAAUGUUGUGGAAAUGGAAACAGAAGUAAAUGGUAAGAAAUCUUGUAGUUCUCAAACACAAUACAAUAUGCCACAGGAUAUGAAUACGAAUGGUAAUGGAAAUGGUUGUUCGAGUCAUGCUCAAGAUGUGGAAUAUCGUAUAGAGACUACAAAUAAUAACAAUUUGACAGGCGGAGGCACGUAUGAGACAAAGCAGCCUUUGGGUCUUCAUGAACAACUGCUAUUGUGUUUUGCCUUUCAGACUAAUGCUAGUACUAUUUUAAGUAUAGAUCAACAGAAAGAGACACAAACAUCCUGUGUUCAUGGUUUACGCGUCAUAUCCGUAUUAUGGACUAUAAUGGUGCACACAUACUUGCAAAUGUUUAAUAUUGGAGAAAAUCGAUUCAGACGCAUCAUGGUCGAACGUUCACCUUGGUAUCAAAUUGUUGGCAAUGCCACAUUUUCCGUUGAUACAUUUUUCUUUAUAAGUGGUUUUUUGGUAACACUAUUAUAUUUGAAGAGCAUGAAAAAGGAUGUCGAGGAUUCUAACAAAUAUAUGAAAAAAGGUUUUGUCGAUACUGUCAUAUUGGUGGUGUACCGAUACAUACGUUUAACGCCCGCAUAUUUGUUUGUGAUAUUUUUCAAUGAUUUUGCCUUAAGACAAACUUUCGAUGGUUCGGUCUUCCAGCCCACUGUCUUACCAAAUACAUGCAGCAAAUAUUGGUGGCGCAACAUAUUGUAUAUAAAUAAUUUUUAUCCAUUAAGUGAAAUCUGUAUGAUAUGGAGCUGGUACAUGGCUAAUGAUAUGCAAUUCUAUAUAAUGGCCACCUUGUUACUGAUACUGUCAGCCAGGUGAGGGCACGAAGAUGAAAAUAAUUGAAACUUUUAA